CGUCUCACCGCCUCCGCGUCACGAGUUCAAGCGCUCAACGAACUUGUAUGGCGCAGUCAUACAAACAAACAAGUAGGCAGACAGAGAGACAUUUUGUCAUCGACUGGGCAACAAGAAGCUAUGGGGUCUGUCAAAGUCGAGUGUGUGGUGAAGGAACAGAAUGAGAUCGGAGAAGGUCCGGUUUGGGAGGAGAAGGACGCAACGCUUUUGUAUGUCGACAUCUACGGGCCGAAGAUCAGCAGGUGGAACUUGCUGACCAAUCAGAUAGAGAGUAUGCACACAGAGACGUACGUGGGAUGUGUGGUUCCACGCAAGUCAGGAGGGUACGUGAUGGGAGAAGGAACACGCUUCGCCGCUGUAGACUGGGAGAAGCGUACAAUCACGACCAUCGCUAACGUGGACACGGGAAAGAGCAACACCCGCUUUAACGAUGGGAAGGUGGAUCCGGCCGGCAGGUUUUUCGCAGGCACCAUGGCGGUUGAGGUGCGGCCGACUGAGCUGGAGAGGAAACAGGGCUCGCUGUACAGCCUGCACCCCGACCACUCCGUCCUCACACACUUCGAUCAGGUGGACCUCUCCAACGGGUUGGACUGGUCUCCUGAUCAUCGCUUCUUCUACUACGUGGACAGUCUGAUGUACAUGGUGGAGGCUUUUGAUUAUGAUAUACACACUGGACAAUUAGCUAAUCGCAGACCGGUGUACAGACUUGAGAAAGACGAAGGCAUCCCUGACGGCUUAUGCAUUGACGCAGAAGGUAAAAUAUGGCUGGCCUGCUACAACGGAGGACGAGUGCUGCGCAUCGACCCUCAGACGGGGACCAGACUGCAGACAGUGAAGCUUCCCGUGGAGAAAAUCACCUCCUGCUGCUUCGGAGGGAAAGACUACACUGAUCUGUACGUCACCUCUGCUUAUAAAGGCAUGGACGAAGAAUCACUCUCCAAACAGCCACAAGCUGGGUGCAUUUUUAGGGUCACUGGUUUAGGAGUAAAGGGAAUUCCUCCAUAUUCAUUCUCUGGCUGAAAACUCCAGAACAUCUCUGGAUUUAUACGAGGACUGUACUAAUAAUUACAUAUUGAUCUACUAACGAUCUGAAAUCAUGAGGUUUUAUUGUUCAACGAGAACGUAAUAUCCAACGUCGUCACAUUUCUGUUGAAUAAAACCUUCGUGAAUGAA